CCCACGGCCGCCUUCUAUCUCCCCGGUGUGGCGCCGAUCGAUUACCGCGACGGCGAGUCCAUCGAUCUGAAGGUCAACAAGCUGACGUCCACCAAGACGCACCUGCCCUACGAGUGGUACGACCUGCCAUUCUGUCGGCCAGCCGAGGUUGUUUACAAGGGCGAAAACCUUGGCGAGGUGAUGCGCGGAGACCGCAUCCAGAACUCCCCGUACACGAUCAAGAUGAACGUGGAGGUCUCGUGCCAGCUGCUCUGCAAGCAGUCGUACGACGCGGAGCAGGCGGCGCUUUUCGCCACCAAGAUUGGCGAGGACUACCGGGUCAACUGGAUCGUCGACAACCUCCCCGCGGCGACCCGAGUCGUCGAGCCCGCCCUCGGCAGCAGCCCGUCCCGCAUCAUCACCAUCUACGAGCGCGGCUUCCCUCUGGGCUUCAGGGGCGCCGAGUCGAUCCCGGGGACAAGCGCGGGGGUGAACUACGUGUACAACCACCACCGGAUCGUCCUCAAGUACCACACCGAGCCGGACGCCUUCGAGGGCGCCCGCAUCGUCGGCUUUGAGGUCGAGCCGUUCUCGGUG